AUGGUGGCUAGAUCUUCAGCAGAAGCUAAAUAUCAAGGCAUGGCAGCUACAGCAGCAGAGGUGUUGUGGUUGAGAGGAUUGCUUGUUGAAAUUGGUGUUCAAUACAGAGAACCAGUAACGCUAUAUUGUGAUAGUAAGGAAGCUAUUCAGAUUGCUGUAAAUUCAGUUUAUCAUGAGAAAACAAAAAUUAUUGAAAUUGAUUGUCACUUCAUUAGAGAAAAGAUUCAAGAAGACCUGCUCAAAACAGAACAUGUACCGACUGGAGAACAGCUUGCAGACAUCGUGACCAAGGCAAUAAGCGUACAACAACAUAGUUAUUUACUUUUCAAAGUGUUGAACCUUCAAAACCUUGAGGGAAUCAAGAGUUUUGUAGUCGAAUACGAAGCUUUAAGGAAAAUUCGACAUGGGACUCUCGUCAAAGUGAUUACUUCUUGCUUGAGCGUCGAUUAUCAAGGCAAUUAUUUCAAGGCUAUAGUUUUGGAAUUCAUGGCUAAUGGAAGCUUAGAGAAGUGGUUGAACCGCGACUUUUCAUGCCAUUUGAGCUUUGGUCAAGUGUUGGACAUUGCUAUAGAUGUUGCCAAUGCCUUGGAUUACCUUCAUCACCAUUGUGAAACUGUGAUCGUUCAUCGUGAUCUAAAGCCAACCAAUGUUCUUCUCGACGACGACAUGGUGGCCUGUGUCAGUGAUUUCGGGAUGGCAAAGACCCCCUUCGAUGCUGCCAGCAAACUGGGUUUCGAGCAAGCAACUUCCUUUGUCAUCAAUGGAACAAUCGGUUAUGUUGCCCGUAAACUUCAAACUUUCUCAUCACAUUUCAUUAGUAGUUCUAAAAAUACGGCAUGGGUGGUCCGAUGUCUCCAAAAGGAGAUGAUAACAGGAAAGAAGCAAUCAGAUGAUCUAUUCAACGACGGAUCAAGCCUUCAUGAUUUUUGUAAGACGGCAUUAACCUCGUCGGAAAAGGUGAAGAAAGUUACAGAUUCUCGACUGCUCCAUGAAAUUAAUGAUCAGCAGAAAAAGACCAUAAUUGGUGACGAUGUUAUAUGGGAAUGUUUGGUUGCUCUCAUUAACUCGGAGUUGCAUGUUCUAUUUAAGUUCCAGUUGAGAGAAUGA